GCUUCCCCGAUGACACCCCGAGGCUGCAGCCGACACAGCAGGGUCAGUGGGGGACACUAGGAGGACCAGCUCCAGGACGCCCUUGGGGUGGCCCCACUGGGUCACGUGACCCGCUGGACCUUGUCCCCAGCCUGACCCGGGGCUGGGCGGCCCCGCCUCCAGCCAAGCCUGCAGCCACACCCAGCGGCCGUGCAGGAACCACCGGGACCCAGGGGACGGCAGGGCCACCAGGCCUGGGAACAGGUCAUGGGGCCGCCGGCCGGGCCCCACGUCUUCAAGCUGGUGCUCCUGGGAAGCGAGUCGGUGGGCAAGUCCAGCCUGGCGCUGCGCUACGUGAGGAACGACUUCCGCAGCAUCCUGCCCACCGUGGGCUGCGCUUUCCUCACCAAGGAGCUGGCGGUGGGCCCCGCGGCUGUCAGGCUGGAGAUCUGGGACACGGCGGGCCAGGAGAAGUACCACAGCGUCUGCCGCCUGUACUUCCGGGGCGCCCACGCAGCGGUGCUGGUGUAUGACGUCGCCCGGAAGGACUCGCUGGAGCAGGCCCGGCGCUGGCUGCAGGAGCUGCGGCAGGAGACGGGCCCCGAGGACGUGCUGGUCAUGCUGGUGGGCAACAAGGCGGACCUCGGCCCCGAGCGGGAGGUGACUGUGCAGGAGGGGCAGGGGCUGGCCGAGAGCCAGGGGCUGCUGUUCUCCGAGGCCUCGGCCCUGCGGGGCAACGGCGUCGCCGAGCUCUUCAGUGCUGUGGGAGCUACUACGGAGGGAGCAGCAGAAGGAGGACGCGGGGCCCCGGGGGGACGCACGGCUGCCCCUGGACGGACGCCCUGCCCGGCAGUGCUGCGCCCGCUAGGACAGCGCCCGGAGAGGGGCCGGCCUGUCCCCCCGGCCUCGUGGGCCCACCACCAGGCUCUGUGUGGACGAGAAUGUGGCUUCUUCCUGGGGCGCGGUGCCCCUAACACCCCGACCUGCCCCGGGCCCAGCCCAGGAGGGCAUGUCCUGCCCGGCGCAACCUGUGGACACGGCCCUUCCCAGGCCCUGCGACCCCCUGGACUCAGAGCUCAAGGCCACACCCUGUCCCCCACCAGCUGAGGCCACUGUCCUGAACCCCUUGCUGCCUCUGGGACCCACUGCCCAUGUCUGGGGGCACUCUGAGCUCGUCCCACAAGCGGCCGCUGAGUGUGUGCUGACCUGUUGUGACGGGUCGCCCUGGAAAUGUGCGUGUUCCCCCGGGAGCCCAGGGGCAGCCCUGGCACCCACCAGCCCGGGGCACUUGGGCCCGUCUCAUGGCAGCUUCUGAACCCCCCCACCCCACAAGGCCCUUCUCGGGCAGGGGUGAGUCUGGGGGGUCUCAGCGCUCUGAGGGGGCCCUCGGGCACUGAAGUUGCGUGUCUGCACACACCCCUGGCCUGAGGGGCGCGGGCCUGGUGCCUUGGGAGCUGAGCUCAGCCCUGGACACCAGGUGGCGCUAGCGGCCCCGACAGUCGCGUCCUGUGUUUUUCCCGCAAUCUUGGCUUCCGUUCCCGUUUCUCAGGCCCUCCACCUCAGGGGGUGGCGGGUGCGUGUACGUGUACAGGUGUGGGCAUAUGUAAAC